GGUGUGAGCGUCUCUCACAAACCUUCCCAUAACCAGCCAUUGGGCACAUUACCAGCAGGUUGGUGCUGGUGGGUGGGAGAGAUCACCGAGUGCUGCUGAUUGGGGACCAGGAGAGAACUAGUUGAAGGAGCUGGUGGUUUCCAGUCACUGGGGAGCAGCUCAGCGCGUCCCUGUGAUCACUGGUGAUCUGUGGAGAGUUUCCGAUUAUCUGCAAUCACCAUGGCCCAGGCUCCCAAUCCUAACCCACCACUGACAGACCACAAAGAAAACCAAAGUGAGGCAGGUUCAAGGGUCACAUUCUAUGAGACUCUCGCCCUGUACGACGGAUACGAGCUGUUCAGACUCACUAAGUUCUACCGGGACAGAAUAGAACAAGCAAUCGAGGAAGAUGUGGAGACCGUCAGCUCAGUACUGACAAGAAAGGAAUAUUUCAGCCAAGUGGAAUAUCAAAAACUGACUGAGCUCACACACAGUGGGCAGAGGAGACAAAGCUCUAAACUUCUUCUGAACAUGGCGCUGGGGAAAGGUUCGCGAGCCCAAAGAGUGAUGUGGGAAACCUUUGUUGAAAUAAGGUACACUUUGCCCAAACUGAACAAAAUAAUGACUGAAAUACAGGAGCAAGGUGCCAGUCUAUUAAACCAGGUGAUUAUUGUCCAAAGUGUACCAGAUGUACCCAGCACACUUAAAGAUGCUCAGCGAAAGCACAAGGAGAUGUUACUAAAACAAAGUGAGAUACUGGUAGUGAAGACCAUCCUGAUAAAGGAGAAGGUGAAGCAGUUUCAGUUGGUUGAUCGCUACACGGAGCUGACAAUUAUUUCUGAUGUACGUGACCGGGAACUGGUAGAACAUGAGCUGCUGGCGAGAGGCAGAGACCACGAGGAGUGGAGACAGAAGCAACUCCGGGGAGAGCUGGAAAAAAUCCGAAUUGAUAAACUAUUCCACAGCAGCUUCUCCAGAGGAAGUUUAUUUUACCGGAUGAAAAAAUUCUACAAGAGAAGCGGAUCAGGCACUUUCACAGGGAAUUCCGCAGUAGUGAGUGGAGUGGCUGGGAUUGGAAAAACAACUAUGGUGCAAAAGAUUGUCCAUGACUGGGCCACAGGCAAAAUCUAUCCUCACUUCCACUUUGUGUUUUUUAAAUUCGAGACCUAA